AUGAAACACGUCCUGCGGAUCUUGUCUCCGACAACGACCACUGUAACAAACAUGAAGAGUAUCAUUUUUGACGACAAGAUUAAGGCACUCAUCCAGCGCGCCGUGUUAAUCACCGGAAACACCAUCGUUGUCAUAGUCGGCCAGAGAGAGAAUUCCCGUUCAUUUUUCAUCCACCGCAACCUCAUCUGCGCCUUCUCGCCUUUCUUCAAUGCCGCAUGUAGUGGGUUCUGGAAAGAAAGCCAGGAAAGCGUUGUCAGACUUCCUGAAGAUUACCCAGAGAUCUUCGAGCUAUACGUGAAGUGGCUCUACACGGGCGAACUCAUCAACUUGAGCAGCAGUGCCGAGGAAGAAGAGUACCCCGAGCACACGACCCUCACGGUGCUCGCAUGCGCCUGGUUUCUCGGAGACAAACUGUUGGAUUCGACCUUCAAGAACGCCGCAAUCGACGCCAUCAUCGAGCGUGUGCGUGAGACGAACCACUACCCAUGUGCGCUGGCUUCUUUCAUUUACGACAACACAACUGAGGAGUCGCCGCUGCGCCGACUUUUGGUUGACUUCUACGCGUAUGCGUAUGAGAGGAGCUGGUUCGUGGGAAAUGAUAGGGGGCCUGAUAUGGAUGAUGCGCCGAGGGAGUUCUUCAGAGAUGUGCUGGUGAAGAUCAUCAUGCUUAAGGAGGGUCCCGCAUUGGAAGAGCCAGGAGACUGGCCGUGGGUCAAGGAUCGUU